UUCCGAGGUCCCAAUUGCUUGCGAAGCCAAGUUAUCUUUCGGUGCGAGGAUCAGAUGCUGAGGAGCAGGAACCUUCCAAGGUUGGAAACCGCGAGGCUCACGCUUGUGCCUUCCCGGAUGGAUGACGCUAAAAACUGCCUUCCACGGUACCGACAUGACUCUUCUCUGUUGAGACUACAAUGCAACCUUGGAAGAUAAAAGGCAGGACCAAGUUAGGUAGCCCUGCGCACAUUCUAUGGUUUAUAUUUGGGCUUUCUCCCGCUGUCUUAGCCCACAUCCUACCGUCACUAGUUACUUAAAUUCCCGACAAAGCCUACUCUGUCCAAGCACGAAUUCUGUCCGGGUCAUCAAUGGAAGCCACGAGUAAGAGGAAGUCCCCGUCUCCUUCCGGAACAAUUGCGGCAGCCGCGCCUUUCACGGCGGUGCUAGCCAUACGCAAGCGCAAGAAGGAACAAUUGAAGGAAUGGUGUGCAGGCGUGCAGGAAACCGGAAAGUGUGAGGCGAUGAACACGGAAGCCGUCGCCGAACUUGGGAUUCCAAACAAUAGCUACUCCGAUCCUCAACCAGGAGAGUCCAGCAACGAUAUCGACAUUGAUAAACAACGACAGUGCUCUAUAACCAACAACAACUCCGAAACUCUGGCUCUCAGUCUUCCCAUGGAAGGAAACAUGGCCCUGAAUUCGUCGCCCUACGAGGAUCCCAACCCGAAGACAACAUGGGCUUUGCCAGGCGACACUCAGCCGCAGGGCAAUGCGGAUGUCGACGCCGACGCCGACAAGUCACAGUUCAUGAAGGAGGAUGCUGGACACAAGGCCGUGCAGGAUACGGAAGGAGCCCAACAGCGAUUGCGAGCGCUGGAACAGCAGCUCAGCGAGAAGGACGCCGAAAUCCAGCACCUUCAGACCCGGAACAAAAUCCUGGAUCACACUCUAGAUAUCCUAGAGAAGGAGAGGGCACAGAAGAACGAGGAGCUUACAAAACUGGAACAGUCCAUCACUCAAGGCACAUUGAUGAGUCCAGAAGAGGUUGAGAGGCUUUAUCACAAGCUCCAAAGCCUCGAAGCACUCCCAGAGAAAGCCCAGCAGUUGGAAGAAUGUCUCUCUAAGGGAAAUAGCGAGCUCCUAAGACUGCAGAACCUGUCCAAUUCGCUGCAGGCGCAACUGGAUGCGAAGACUAGAGACACCGACCGCUAUCUUUCCUGCGUCAUUUCCCUAGAGCAGUAUCUCGAGAUUGUUCUGCGGGAUCGGGAUUCGUCAGUGCAGUAUACGCACGAGCUCCGAAAGAGGAUCAGGUCGUUGGAAGAACUUCAUCGAAUCGUCAUGCCCACCUCAACGAACAGUUUCAUCUGA